UCUCAUUUUCAUUGUGUCUGUGACUUUCAAAGUGGAUUGACGUGUUGCGGAAAGUUGAACCGAGAAAUUUGAGAGCUAAGAAAGUUGUGAAUAGGAAAAUCACAAAAGUGCAUUGGUUGUGUUGUUUGGGAGAGUGUUUGUGUGUGCAUAUAUGCUAGAAAGAAAAAGAGAGAAAGACAAGUGCAAAUCGCAAAUAACUAAUUUGUUCAAUCAACAAAGUCAGACAAAGAAACAUAGACUUGUGAUUGCAGCAUAAAGGCAAUAUGUCUACUGUGGAAUCCUCUAGUUCGGCAGUUCAGCAGCCACCCUCGUCCACAUUGCCAAUGUUGGGCGAUAAUCAAGUGAGCACCAUGCAAAUGCAAAUGCAGGCCUCUACUUCAUCAGCGGGAGGAAGCGGUAGCAUGUCGGUGGGCGUACCGUUAGAUACGCAAGGUAGCGGCGAGCCACCAGCUAAGAAGCAGAUGCUCGAUCCGAACGCAGCCUCUUCAUCGUCGGGCUCAUUGUCAGGCGGUGGGGGCAGCGGUCCAGCUGGUGCUGGAACCGGAACACACGAGAAACUCGCCUAUCGCAUCUCGACUGCGCUGUGCUGUGCCGUGUGUUUGGAUUUGCCCAAAACGGCCAUGUAUCAGUGCCAAAUGGGUCACCUGAUGUGCGCCGCCUGCUUCACCCACCUCCUGGCGGACGGACGCCUACGAGAUCAGAUAGCCACGUGCCCGAACUGCCGUGUGGAAAUAUCAAAGAGCACCGCAUCCCGUAAUCUGGCUGUGGAAAAGGCAGCUUCCGAAUUGCCUAGCGAAUGUCAGUUUUGCAACAAAGAGUUUCCAUACAAAUCUCUGGAGCGUCAUGAGCAGCACGAGUGUCAGGAGCGUCCCACAAAAUGCAAAUACCAUCGUAUUGGCUGCCAGUGGCGUGGACCCUAUCACGAGACAACUGAACACGAACGCAACUGCUUGCAUCCCCAAAAAUCUGGCUAUGAGGUGAUGGCCGCCUUGGAGGCCCAUGAUGUCAAGAUCAAAGAGGAAAAGAAAAUGUUUAAUACAUUGAUAGAUCUGCUGAGCUACGAGAAAAUCAUAUUUAACGAUCUACAGAUGAAACCGUAUCGCACAGAUGAGUAUGUGCACAAGCUGUUCUAUGAAACGGCCCGUUUCUCAGCAUUCAACCAGCAGUGGGUGGUGAAGGCGCGCAUCAAUAACAGCCAGCGAGAUCCGCAUCAGUCGAACGAGCGAACCAUCACCUAUCAGCUAAUACUGAAGACGAAAACCAGCACACCAAUGAGCAUCCAUUUCUUUGCACUCAAAGGUCCCUUCUCGGACAUGAAGGUCUCCACGCAAAUAUAUAAGCACGAGUUUACGGAAACGAGCACUGAGAGUGAUUAUUACGUGCUACCCUUGCCUGAUGGCAACGGCACGGGCUCCAGCGAAUGCAAUCGUAUGCUGGCCAACAAAGGGAUUAAUUUCCGUUUACUGAUGUUUCUGCUGAAUAAGUAAAGCGAUCGUUACAUGCUAGUAGUACAGAUUUUUCAACCUAGUUUAAGUUUGUUGUUUCUAACUCAUAAAUGUGCAAAAACUAGAUAUAGCCAAAAUAUAUAAAAAUAUAUAUUUUCUAUCUCUAAAUGUACAUGUACUUUCAAAUAACU